AGGGCCGCCAGAGGAGGGGUGGGGGCGGGGAGCCGCGGGCGGACUGCGGGCAGGAUGGCGGCUCAAAUUCCAAUCGUGGCUGCCACUUCUACCCCCACCAUAGCCAGGAACAGCAAGAAGAGGCCAGCCAGCCCUUCCCACAACGGCAGCGGAGGGGGAUACGGCGCCAGUAAAAAGAAAAAGCUGUCCGCCUCCGGCUUUGCUCAGGGUGUCAGCAUUGAAGCCAUGGAUGAGAAUAAAAUGGCCUCCUCUGAUUUUAGUUCCGGGCCUGUGGAAAAAGCUGCCAAACCGCUGCCGUUUAAGGAUCCCAACUUCGUGCACUCUGGCCACGGCGGUGCAGUAGCUGGCAAGAAGAACAGAACCUGGAAGAACCUCAAACAGAUCCUGGCUGCUGAAAGGGCGUUGCCGUGGCAACUGAAUGAUCCUAACUACUUUAGUAUUGAUGCUCCCCCAUCCUUUAAGCCAGCUAAGAAGUAUUCCGAUGUUUCAGGUCUUCUUGCCAACUACACAGACCCUCAGAGCAAGCUGCGCUUCAGCACCAUCGAAGAGUUCGCCUACAUUCGCAGGCUGCCGUCUGACGUGGUCACAGGCUACCUGGCCCUGAGGAAGGCCACGAGCAUCGUUCCCUGAGCCCGAGGAGUGGAGACGAGGAGGAAGUGGCCUCCAACCCAGGCUCUGCACUUGUGAUUUUGUUUCGUGGAAACAGACAUGUUCUGCUGUCAAUCUGAGAGUGUCAGCUCUGGGCCUUGGAAAGAAUGUCUGGCUUAUACCAUGAAGGUCUUUCUGGCUUUUUUUUUCUUCAUUCUCAUACUUCAGAUGUUGACUCAAGUAAAAAUGGUUUGAUAAGAAAAUACAGUAAAAUUGUGCUUUUAGAUUACCUCAA